GUCAUAGAAGAAAACGGCGUCUGCAAUUUUGGAACAUAAAACUCAUAUCGAGGAUUAAUAUCACGAACGUUGCGAAAUGGCGAGCGAUUCUUUCACCUCGUUACUAGAAGAUUCCUUUUCCGACAACGACAAAAGUAUCGAGGAUUAUUGGUCCAAGUUGAAAGAUGCCUUGGAGAAUCUAACCGUGAAGUACGACGCAGAAUUGUUGCAGCAGGCUUUGCAACAAUGUUUAUCCUCGUGUCCGGAUAAUUUACUAAAUGAAAAAAUUUUCAAUGAAACGUUUCCUUUCGCUUAUCAUCUUUUAUCCGAGGCUUUGAAGCAGAUUGACGAAACGAUAAAUAGUAAUGUACACGGGGACCCAGUUAAAGACACAAAACGACAAUUGCUCGUGUGCAAUGAAUUACUGAGUGUAUGGGAGAAAUCUAUAGAACGCGUGUCGAAACUUUGCAAGACGCCCGCCAUUAAUCUCAGAUGCAUACUGGAGAACGUGCUUCUCGUAAUUAGAUUAAUAUUCGAGCAUUGCAGAGCAAGUAAAAAAUUAUAUGGUGCUUUGCUCGAGGACGUAUCGGAGGAAUUAACGAAUCUUUUUCGCAAGACGAAAACGAUCUUGAAUCUAUUCCUGACCACUUUAGACGGUGUAAUAGUCUUCGACACGGAUAUGGAAUUGGAAACGGAACUGUUGGUAAAAGUAAUCGAUUCGAUCGGAUUAUUCGUUACCAUUUCUCGCGAAUUGGAUCUGAAAACGUUCGUGGAAACGUCAAAAGUAUUUGGCAAAUUGGCAAUUACGCAUCAACAUCCAGUAAAACGAAUAAAAGCUACGAGCGUUACUCUGCAUCUUGCACAUCUAGCGAAAGACAUAUCCUCGAUGCUCUCGUUCUCUCAAGAUUCGACUGAUCGGGUCGACGAAAGAAAAAUAAAAGUGAUUGGCCAUUCGUUAAAAAUCUUGGAUAGACUAUGUGUAGCUUAUUGUUUACACAUAAAUAAUGAAGUCCUUCCGUUUGUAAUCGAACUGCUGUUAAAAAUGCACAGAUGUUCCCCACUGUGCUUACAAAAAUCUGAAAUCGAUGAAAAAUUUAUCGAAUUAAUAAACGUCCACAUUUACAAGGGAUCAGAGCCAUUUCUGAAUACCAUCUUCAAGUCUUCCGAUUUCAAGCAGGCGUUUUUCGAAUAUAGAAAUAUAACAAACAUUGAUAAGUUAGGCUAUCACUUGUUAACAAUUAGUAUUAUGAAAAAAUUAAUCAACAUGCCAUACGAGCAUCAUUGUAAAUGGACAUUGGGUGCUGAGUCGAUCAUCGAUGUCGCAUUAACCAACAUUAAUUUUAUACAAGAAGAGAUUUGCGUGGGUCAAGUGAGAUUACCGGGCGUACACGACAUCGGAGAAAGACCGAGGUCCGCUUCGUUAUACGAAGCCACAAUAGUGCCAAUUUGUGGUUUGAUUAGUCAAAUUCCUACCGAUGGAUUUCACGCUGUCGAAUUGAUUUUGUUGAAACAUUUACUAAGCAAUCAACUUUGGAGUUCCUUGCUCAGUUCAGAUAUUUGGUGUUUCAUUGAUCGCAUUGCGUCUUCGGAACUAUGCGCUAGUCAUCUGAAAUAUCUAUUGAAAGUUUAUGCUGCUCUAAUGAGACGCAGCAGCAGUCUCGAGGUCGUUAUAUUGGAGAACUUAAUCGGAAGGUUGUACAAUUUGCUUUCGGACGAAAUGAAACACACUCUUAUAGUAGAGUUCGAUGAUCUCGAAAAUCUGUCCUGGCUACCACUUGCACGAUUUUUGCCAUCAAAAACGAAAUCAUUCUUGCAAAAUCGGUUGGCUUGCGUAUUAAACGAGAUCUCGAGUACCUUUGCUGAAUUACAGCGACAGCCUACCGUAAAGAAUUGGAAUCGCCUCAUAAUGCUGAUAUCACUGAUUGGGAAACUAAAUUGCACUGGAGAAGAAAGCAUCGUUCGUAUUCUUUGUCAGAUAUGGAACUCUAUCGCGAGCACGAUUGAAAUUUUCGAAGACAGACAAUUGGAUAUACUGUCGGAAUUUAUGUCGAAACUGUUCAGUGUUAUGCAACCAGAGAAAAUACAAGACGACAUCUUUUCUUCGAUAUUAGAUGCCGUGCUGACGUCAUUCUUAUGUUUCCCAUCACACGUAAAGGUGAUCGCGUCACAUUAUUUGAGGGCCAAUAAGAACCAUUUUGGUAACUGCGGAAUUAAAACUGCCAAUGCAUUAGCAGAGCUCAACUGUCGACUUCUGGAAAGCGAUAAUCCAUGGGUACGACAGGAAGCCUUUGAAUCAUUCGAUAAACUAGCUCAUACGUGCCCCAAUGAGGAUCUUGUUACUAAAAUGGCUGCUGCAGUUACAAAAAAAUUAUCGUUAAAAGAUUCCUUACCAGCUUAUCUCUCUGGCACGACUUAUUACGAAUUUCAAGACUUAUCAGAUGUUUCCGAUUAUUUGCGAUAUGUAGCGAAACAUUCUCAAAAUGUUUAUCACGUCUGCAACAAUUAUGAUGAUUCUCAAAGAGACGAAAAACUCGCUAAAUUAGAGACCCAGUCUAUUGAAAGUUCUGACGAAACUCGAUCUUUAAAUGACUUUGAUGAACACGUGAACAAAAUGUGCGAUGAAUUGAAUGAUAUUUUGAAAAAGAAUCGCGACAUUGGAAGGUUCACCUUACGAAGAUUGCGAUUAAUUUGUGCGAAGAUUUUGGAUUUAACUGAAUCCAAAUGA